AGGAGAGGAGGGGACAUGGGCGGGGCCGAGGCGCCUCUCAUUUCCCCUCCAUGCUUAGCGGGGCAGCAGGGCUGGAGAGACCUCCGGGGAGCACAGUCGCCAGUCCAGCACGGAGACCCGCCUGGCCAAAGAACCGCGCCUCACACUUGCCAGGAUUGCCAAAUAUUCCUGAAAAAUAUACCUGCUAUUUAUGGCAUGUGGCUUGUAACUUUACUCCUGCUGUACUCUCUCCAAGAAGUACACAGUGAGGAUGUGGGCUCUACCAGGCUGUACUUUGUGAAUGCCUCCCUGCAGAGGGUAACCUACUCCAGCUCGGUGGGGGUGUCCCUGCCCUGUCCAGCAGGGGGCACCCCCAGUGCCAUACUGCGCUGGUACCUGGCCACCGGCGACGACAUCUACGACGUGCCCCACAUCCGACACGUGCACGCAAAUGGCACCCUCCAACUGUACCCCUUCUCGCCCUCCGCCUACAACAGCUACAUCCACGACAACGACUACUUCUGCACUGCCGAGAACCAAGCCGGCAAGAUCCGCAGCCCCAACAUCCGCAUCAAAGCUGUUUUCAGGGAGCCCUACACCGUGCGGGUGGCGGACCAGCGUUCGAUGCGGGGCAACGUAGCUGUGUUCAAGUGCCUCAUCCCCGCCGCCGUGCAGGAGUACGUCAGCGUCGUGUCCUGGGAGAGAGACACUGUUUCCAUCGUCCCAGGCAACAGGUUCUCGCUGACCUCCUUCGGGGCUCUUUACAUCUCUGACGUUCAGAAGGAGGAUGCCCUCUCCACAUACCGGUGCAUCACCAAACAUAAGUACAGUGGCGAGACACGCCAAAGCAACGGAGCCAGGCUCUCUGUAAUGGACCCCAACGAGUCCUCACCUACCAUCCUGGACAGUUUCCAAGCGGGGGAGGUGUAUGCAGGCCAGAGUAUCGAGCUCCCUUGCAUAGCGGGAGGUUACCCCAGCCCCACCGUGCGCUGGCUGAAAGAUGGUCGCCCGCUGCCCUCAGAUGCCCGCUGGACACGGCGUUUGACGGGGCUGACCAUCAGCGACCUGAGGCAGGAAGACAGCGGCAGCUACGCGUGCGAGGUCACCAACAGUUUUGGCUCAAAGGAGGUGUCUGGACAGCUUCACGUUAUAGAUCCACUACGAGUGACCUUGUCCCCUAAGAAUCUGAAAACUGGCAUCAGCAGCACACUGUUCUUCACCUGCACUGUGGAGGGCUCCCCGGAAUACACCAUCACCUGGUACAGCAACACGGAGCCAAUCGUCCCCGACCAGCACAUCUCCAUCCAGGGACAACACAACGACACGCUGCAGAUCACCGCGGCACAGAAGUUCCACUCCGGGGCCUACCAGUGCUUCGCCUCCCGAAAGGGCCACACUGCUCAGGACUUUUCCAUUAUUCUGCUAGAGGAUGGUACUCCUCGUAUCGUGUCUUCCUUCAGCGAGCGGGUGGUGAACCCCGGCGAGCCUUUCUCCCUCAUGUGUGCAGCCAAAGGAGCCCCGCCCCCCUCCAUCACCUGGACACUGGACGACGAGCCCGUGGUGCGCGACUCCACCUACAAGACCAGCCAGUACACCCUGUCGGACGGCCUGACCGUGUCGCACGUCAACGUCAGCAGCCCGCUGAUUCGGGACGGAGGAGUGUAUCGUUGCGUCGCACGCAACUCGGCCGGUAGCGCCGAGUACCAAGCGCGCAUAAACGUAAGAGGUCCACCCCGAAUCAGACCCAUGCGGGACAUCACCGCAGUGGCGGGCAGGAACACCUACAUAACGUGCCGCGUGAUUGGCUACCCGUACUACUCCAUCAAGUGGCUGAAGGACGGCAUGCAGCUGCCCGAUAAUCAUCGUCAAGUGGUGUUUGAGAACGGCACCCUGAGGCUGACGGACGUGCAGAAGGGCGCGGACGAGGGCACCUACUUGUGUAGCGUUCUGAUCCAGCCGCAGGUGUCAAUCAACCAGACUGUUCACGUCACUGUCAAAGUGCCACCCCUCAUCCAGCCCUUCGAUAUCCCCUCUACCUCAGUGGGGAAGCUCAUGUACAUCGCCUGCGUGGUGUCAUCUGGGGACAUGCCCAUACGCAUCACCUGGCACAAAGACGGCCAGCUCAUCGUGCCAGGCUCCGCCUCUGGCGUCGCAAUAGAGACCAAAGAGUUCAUGAGCUCCCUGCAAAUCUCCAAGGUUACACUGAAGCACAACGGGAACUACACCUGCAUCGCCAGCAACGCCGCCGCCACCGUCAGCUGGGAGAGACAGUUGAUUGUUACUGUGCCUCCACGCUUCGUGGUGCAGCCCAACAAUCAGGACUGUAUCUACGGCAAAGCUGGAGUUCUCAACUGCUCCGUGGAGGGUUACCCGCCUCCCAAAGUCAUGUGGAAACACGCCAAAGGUGUAGGAAACCCUCAGCAGUACCACCCCGUCCCUCUAACUGGCCGAAUCCAGAUCAUGUCAAACGGCUCUCUGCUCAUCCGGCACGUGCUCGAGGACGACAGAGGGUACUACCUCUGUCAGGCCUCCAACGGAGUGGGCUCAGACAUCAGUAAAAGCAUGAUCCUCACUGUCAAGAUUCCCGCCAUGAUCACCAGCCACCCCAACACCACCAUGGCGAGGAAGGGCCAGACCAAGGAGCUGAACUGCACGGCGCGGGGCGAGCAGCCCAUCAUCAUCCGCUGGGAGAGAGGAGACACCGUCAUCGACGCUGAGAGGAACCCCCGCUACUCCAUCACCAUCAACAAGAAGGGUGACGAGGUCAUCUCAACCCUUAAGCUGAACCCGGCCGAGCGAGGCGACUCUGUCUUCUUCUCCUGCCAUGCAAUCAACUCCUACGGAGAGGGUCGAGGCCUCAUCCAACUCACUGUGCAAGAACCACCAGAUCCCCCUGAACUGGAAGUGAGGGAGGUGAAGGACAGGAGCAUGAACCUGCGCUGGAUCCAGAGGUUCGAUGGAAACAGCAUCAUCACCAGCUACGACAUCGAGUACAAGAACAAGUCAGACUCCUGGGAUCACAUGUAUACGACCAGGAACAUCUCACCCACCAACAAUCAGGCGAACAUUGUGGAGCUGCACCCGGCCUGCGUCUACAGCAUCCGUAUGUACUCCUACAACAAGAUCGGCCGCAGCCUUCCGAGCAAAGAGCUCACAAUCAGCACCGAGGAAGCGCCGCCUGACGGGCCACCGAUGGAUGUAAUCCUCCAACCGAUGACAUCUCAGAGCAUACGCGUUACUUGGAGGGCUCCUAAGAAGGAGCUGCAGAACGGAGUCAUCCGAGGCUACCAGAUCGGUUACAGGGAGAACGGCCCGGGCAGCAACGGCCAGUACAGCAUAGUAGAGAUGAAAGCCACCGGGGACAGUGAGGUGUACACCCUGGACAACCUGAAGAAGUUUGCCCAGUACGGGGUGGUGGUCCAGGCCUUCAACAGAGCCGGGACGGGUCCAUCCAGUACUGAGAUCAACGCCACCACAUUGGAAGAUGUGCCCAGCGAGCCUCCGCAGAACGUGCGCGCCAUUUCCGUGACGUCGGACGAGGCGGUGAUCACGUGGGCAGAGCCUCCACGGCUGACACUGCACGGUGUGCUGAAAGGCUACCGGGUUGUGUUUUGGUCCCUCUUCCCUGACGGAGGUGGGUGCUGUGGGGGCCAGGCCCAGUGGCCAAUGCAGAAAUGGGGAGAGAUGCAGAAUAUCACCACCACACGUGAGCAGGUGGAGCUGCGAGGGCUGGAGAAGUUCACCAACUACAGCGUCCAAGUGCUGGCCUACACACAGGCCGGAGACGGAGUCCGCAGCAACGUCCUGUACAUCCAAACGCGCGAGGACCUUCCCGGUCCACCGGCUGGCAUCAAGGCGGUCCCUUCCUCUCCAAGCAGCGUGGUCGUGUCCUGGUUGCCUCCCCACAAACCAAACGGUGUCAUCCGCAAGUACACCAUCUACUGCUCCAGUCCGGGGUCUGGACAGCCGGAAAACCUACAUGAACAUAGCAGUGGAGUUCGUAGAGAGGCACCCAGCGAGUACGAGGCCAACCCGGAGAUGCUCUUCUACCGCAUCACGCACCUCUCCCGUGGCAAACAAUACCACAUCUGGGCUGCAGCCGUGACAACUGCGGGCAGAGGCAACAUCAGCUCAAAGGUCACAGUGGAGCCUGCUGGGAAAGUCCCAGCUAAGAUCCUGUCCUUCGGGGGCACGGUGACCACACCCUGGAUGAAGGAAGUGCGUCUGCCCUGCAGUUCAGUGGGAGAACCUGCCCCCACAAUUAAAUGGACCAAAGACAGUGAGGACACCGCCAUCCCUGUGACAGCUGACAGCCAGAAGCAGAUCCUAUCCAACGGCACGCUGGUGCUGCGUUCGGUCAAAGCGGAGGACUCUGGGUACUACACCUGUACGGCCACAAACACCCUGGGCUUUGACACCAUCAUAGUCAAUCUGGUGGUGCAAGUUCCUCCUGAUCAGCCUCGUCUGACUGUCUCCACCACCUCCACCUCCUCCAUCACCCUGGCUUGGAUCCCCGGGGACAAUGGCGGAAGUUCCAUCAGAGGGUUUGUGCUGCAGUAUUCAGUGGACAACACAGAGGAAUGGAGGGAUGUGUUCAUCAGCUCCAGUGAACGAUCGUUCAGGUUGGACAAUCUGCGCUGUGGGACCUGGUACAAGGUCAAGCUGGCUGCCAAGAACAGCGUGGGCUCAGGGCGCAUCAGCGAGAUCAUUGAGGCGAAGACACACGGAAGAGAGCCAGUGUUCAACAAGGACCAGCCGCUGCUCACCCACAUCAACUCCACUCACGCAGGCCUCAACCUGCAGGGCUGGACCAGCGGCGGCUGCCCCAUCACUGACAUGAUGCUGGACUUCAGACCCAAAGGGACCUGGGCCUGGCAGAGCCUCAAGGCCAACUCCACCACUCAGCUCUUCCUCAGCGAGCUGCGUGAGGCCACCUGGUACGAGCUCAAAAUGAAGGCCUGCAACAGCGCCGGCUGCGGCAACCAGAGCUCCCAGUUUGCGACCACGGACUACGAUGGCAGCACAAUCCCUCCCAUUAAAUCGGCUCGCGGGGAAGGGGACGACGUGAAGAAGCUGUUCUCCAUUGGCUCUCCUGUCAUCCUGGUUACUCUUGGCGUUGCCUUGCUCUUCAUUAUCCGCAAGAAGCGCAAGGAGAAGAGGCUUAAACGACUUAGAGAUGCUAAGAGCCUCGCUGAGAUGCUUAUCAGCAAGAACAAUCGCAGUAUAGACACUCCAGUGAAGGGCCCUCCUCAAGGACCAAGGCUCCACAUUGACAUCCCGCGUGUUCAGCUCCUCAUCGAGGACAAGGAAGGCAUCAAACAGAUAGGGGAGGACAAGGCAGCGGUCCCGGUGACAGACACAGAGUUCAGCCAAUCGGUGAAUCCGCAGAACUUCUGCACGGGCGUGUCCCUGCACCACCAGGCCCUCAUCCAGAAUUCGGGGCCUUUGAUUGACAUGUCAGACAUCCGGCCGGGCACGAAUCCUGUGUCCAGGAAGAGCAUCAAGUCGGCCCACAGCUCCAGGAACAGAUACUCCAGCCAGUGGACGCUGAGCCGGCCCAGUCAGAGCCAAUCGACGGCCUCGGCGCGAACUCUCACCUCAGACUGGCGCACGAUGGGCUCUCACGGCAUCACCGCCACUGAGAGCGACAGCUACAGCGCCAGUCUCUCACAGGACACAGAUAAGGGUCGCAACAGCAUGGUGUCGACGGAGAGCGCCUCCUCCACCUAUGAGGAGCUGGCCAGGGCCUACGAGCACGCCAAGCUGGAGGAGCACCUUCAGCACGCCAAGUUCACCAUCACUGAGUGUUUCAUCUCCGACAGCUCGUCCGACCAGAUGACCACAGGUACCAACGACCCGGCGGACAGCAUGACGUCUCUCAGCACGCCGUCCGAGCCGGGCAUCUGCCGUUUCACUGCCUCGCCACCCAAACCACAGGACUACGACCGCGGUAAAAAUGUGGCCGUGCCCAUUCCCCACCGCGCUAACAAAAGUGAAUUCUGCAACUUACCCCUCUACAUGAAGACAGACCCAUUCUUCCGCAAGCAAGGGGAGCUGCAUGACCCGUGCCCAGCUGUGCCGCCGCGGGAAGCCUCGAUCCGCAGCCUGACGCAGCGGGCGUAUCACACCCAGGGCCGUCACAAGACUCUAGACCCUGCCAAGCAGCAGGCCCUGACGCUGGGCCACUCUGGGCUGGGCAGCUUGGGCUCGAGCUCGGGUACCGCCACCUUGCCCCAAAGGACUCUCACCAUGCCAAGCUCCAACACCGCAGCAACAGCCUCCACUUCCAGCACGAGCAGCAACCCCACCAACAGUAACAAGGUGGGGGGCUCCAGAGACUCACUGCUCGAGAGCAGCUCCUCUGCACUGGGGAGGCUGCAGAAACAGAGUGUUGGGGCGUACUCCAAGUCGUACACGCUGGUGUAGCCCGCUCUCUUGCACAGACUUGCAUUGCUGACCCACUCCUCAGCCAGCCCCACUCUGGUACUCUUCAGUCUGGGCCAGAAAGGGCAUGCAACCAUCAUUCUAUAAACCCAACUAAUGGUGAACUGCCCCGCGUUCUGUCUAAUUUUCCUCGGGAUAGGUGUUCUCCCAGACAGAGACCCAGUUAACCCUACUUUUCAUGUUCACCUGGGACUCUAUAAAAGAAUUACUAACUCCGACUAACAGUUCCAGCCGGCUGGUGCUCAGCUCCGCUCACUUCUCGCGGGACUUGCACAGCAAAAAAAAAACAGGAAGCGAUUCUGUGGUCAUUUGGAAAUACUGACUAUAAUUGAGGAGCGUGAACGCUCUCGUGUUUAUGACGAUGAAGACUACGAUAGCCAAUAUGAAGCUGUGUGGCCAUCCUGUCUCUCAUGCGCACACACACAUACCGUCCCCCAUAGUUUGAGUAUUAUUGUCAAUUUGCAGGACUUCGAGUUAAGUUCCCCUAUUCUUACUGUAUCUUUCACCCUCUAUGUGUCUCUUAAAGUCCCAGAUAGCUAUUGGCAGAUUCUCUCUCUUAAUGACGAUUCCUGAAGAAAUGAUUCAGGUCCACUUCCAAGGAUAAAAAUUUAUAUCACAUGAAUAUUCUCCACACAUCUCUCUCCAGCUGAACAGUGUCGAACUUUUCAAUCAAAUCAUGACAACCCAAAUGAACCAGCUAUAAUUUCUCAGAUUACAAAUAGAGAAUAUUUGGUAUUAUAAAGAAUUUACAUAUAUAUUUCUAUGUAGGUAUAUUAUUGACAUUUAAGUGAAAUUAUGACAAAGUAUAAAUUGUAUGUACUACCAUAGUGUAGUAGUAUAUACAGCAAUUUAAUAUUAAAGUCAAAUUUACGAACAAGACAAUCGCUCAAUCAUGAAAUUUAAAAGAAGAGAAAUUUAACAAAAGGUUGGACUAAAGAAAGAAAAAAGGUUUUAGUAUAUAUACGGGAUGUUCUGUAUGUUUCUCUGUAUAGACCGACUAAGAGAAGAGGGUCUCGCUGGCCCUUCACGAGCCCCAUGUUGAGAUGGAAAAAAAAGCAAGAUAUGCUGCGAGGCAGGCUGGCUGGGUGAACAGAAAACAGUGGCGCCUACGUGGCCGAGUGUUGAACAAUCAUGACAAGAAAGCCUUCUGUUACAUUAAGCCUGCUCAUGAGGAUAUACGGUCGUUACCAUGUGGAAUUGAAUGUACAGUGUGUAAUUUCCGCCGCGAGGGGGGUCUCUCAAUCAAAGCAAAGCUAAAGAUGCAGUGGGGGAUCAUGGGAGUUGUAUUGUCUAAAGGAUGAGGUGAAUUUUUAAAGGAGACAUAUUAUGCUUGUAUUCAGAGUAAUAAUUUUAUUUUUGGGUUCCUAGUAGAAGAGGUUUACAUGCUUUAUCUUAAAAAAAAACAAACAAACAUUGGUUUUCUGAUGCUGUCCAUUGCCGCAGCUCCGUCUGAGCCAGCACUGCUCACCCAGUCUCUGGUCCGCUCUGUCGUGUUUUCAGCUUCCAGUUAGCUAUGAUUCAGCUGUCAGUGUAGGUAUGAAUUAUCCAGGUGUGACACGCGGUGAUGGUGUACAAUGUAUAGAAAUGACAGAACUGAAGGCGGGGACUACUGAUGAGGUUUUUUAGGCACUUCAGUUUUCUGUUGGAGAGAAGAGCUCCCAUCGAUGCAGACUUUUAAAUUUCAAAACCUCUGAAACACUCAAAAGUACAAUAGGUCUCCUUUAAAGUUUUAUUAACGUUACAAUUAUUCACAUUCGUAGACUUCCUCUGUCAUUCGCUGACUUGAAGUUAAUAGUGACAGGCGACCAGAUUAAAUGCACCUUUACCUGAUUCACAUUAAAAAUAUCAGUGGGUUUGAACAUUGGAAAGGUUUAGGAUGUAUGUAAGUACACAAUUUGACGAAAUAUAUGCUAUCAGUGGAGUCAUUUAUAGACGUUUGAAUGCAGAAAUGUUACAUAUGAUAUCCUCAAGGCUUCUGUCGCAGACACAGUAACAAUUCUCCAGCCAGCCUCGGUGUCACUCAGCCGAUCUUUGCUCGUCACAGAACCGGACAACUAGCUGAAAGGAAAUCCCAGUCAUGAUGUGAAUGAAGUAAAAUAAUAUAAAGUUGAGCGAUGUUAUAUGUCAGGGAAUUCAGUUUUGAAAAAAAAAAUAAUAAUAAUUAUAUGAUGUUCACUCGAUUGAUAUCUUUGUUGUUGCCCUGUCUGAAGUACUGUACAUGUCCCGCUUUCUUUUCUCUCCACCUCCAUUUUGCUCUGAUGUACAUUCACACAAGAACCUACUGGGAUGUCUUCUCUCGAAGCAUCUCCAUGACAGUGUUUUGUGCUUUAUCUUUGUUUAUCCAUCUGCUUGGUUAUUUUGUUUGUUUGUUUAGGGGAGGGGGUAUCUGUUGGUCUGUUGAUUUUCGAUUCAUAAAAUUCACUUUUAUUUGUUUUGGGGUUUUUAUUUUCUCCAAAAUUUUGGUUCCAGGGGCCAAACAGUACAAAGGUAUGUGGCCUGUGGCUAAAACCUGUUCAGCCAAGUGAAAUCAGGGACUCGUAGCUCUUUUGGUCACACAAACUACUGUUGUGUAUAUACCGGACUGGAGUCGGUCUGUCAACCUGAAGCAUUCAGACUCCCGUCCUUUUCCCCCCGUUCAGAUAAAUUAAAGUAAAAAUUCACCGCCCUAAACAUACUAGACCCAUCAUCUCUACCUUUGUCAGUGUUGUUUAUAGAUUAAGUCUUGUACAUAAACACAGUUUUGUAUGAAGAGCUAUUUUCGUCAGAAUAAAUCAGGGGACACAUCAGGGUUGAAUGCCCCAAUUUCAAAAUUGAAAUAGUAUCAAAAAUAAAAUAUUUUACUUCUGAAAUGGGCAAAAACAUUUUUCUUUCCCUUUAUGUUUUUGAUACUAAUUUGUUGAAUUUUUAUUCUUUUCUAAAGGUCUUUUGAUGUUGUCAUUUGUCCUAUUUACUUUUUUUAUUAUCAUUAUUUUAUAUUUUGUUCAUCCUCAAAAGAAUCAUUGCAUGCUUGCUAAAAGGGAAAAACUGAAGGAAAAAAUGUAUGAAAAUCAAAAACAAACAAAAAAAAUGUUGAGGGUAUCCCAAACAUUUGUUUGAGUUGCUUGUUAUAGCAAUUGCUUGUGUUCAAAAGUACAUUUUCUAUGAAAAGAAAGCAAAAACUAAAAAGAUCAUUCUAACACCUUGUGCAAUAAAGCUAUCUUUCAUACGUCA